AUGAUUGAAAAAGGGUGGUAACCCGUAUAUGAUCAACUUACUGCAUUUACAUGAACUUCUAUGUUAAAAGUUUUGUGUUUGAUGAUUUGUGAGUAUUUCCUACAUUUCCAAGCUUCAGGAGAUAACCACGCAAAUGGUAUAUAAAAGCAAACAAGAGUGUCAAAGCGUGGCAAAUUCGUACUUUUAGUGAAGCAUGAAGUCGAAAAGUGCUGUUUUGUUCUCAUUUUUGUUAGGAAUUGUUCCAGCAAGUUCUAUUCAAGUAAUGCUGGAUAACGUUAGCUUUUGUAACAGUACCGGAAUGGUUGACUGCGACGUAAGAGUUCACAAGAUUAACCGGACAACGGCAGCCCUUAUUGGAAAUAUCGUACAGAAAGUAGACAUCGGCGGAAGUUAUAGCGCUCUGAUCGAAGCCUACCACAGUCCGAUGGGCAACAGUCAGUUCAAUCGCUACCCGAUGAAAAUCGGACCGAUCAGCAUGUGCGAGUUUUUGAACGACUACUGGGGCGAUUACUACGGGUACGUGGUGCAGUUCAUCGAGAACAUCGCAAAACCUGGCGAGUGUCCGUUCACGGCGCGGUCCUACCAGGUCAAGGAUUGGAUCAUGGACUCGCGGUUGCUGCCACCGUACGUUUCCACUGGGCUGUGGCGAAUGAUGUGGUCAGCGUGGGACAAUCAAACCGGCGAUGUUUUCAUGACCGAAAUUGUGUUCAAAGUGUACGACGAUGGGCACUUUUGAAGGGAAGCUGUCAAUAAAGAUCGAAACUGAUCCAGGAGCUAAUUUGUCAAAAACAAGCGCCAAACUUGCCAUCACCACUAAAUUCAACCAUAAAUCAGUGCCUAAAUUAGCCACUUUCCAGCCAAUAACUCAAACCCGUUCCGUUCCGGUUCGUUCCGCCAAUUCCGCAGCGCCAAAUUGGGCGACUUGGCCCAUCUGUCGGCAGUCUCCACCCUUAAAGUCAUCGCGUAUUUUUCCAAUAAAUUGUGAAAGAGGUACGCGCUGCUACUGCCGCGUUCAGUGAAAAAAGGGCUACAAACUUUGGACAUAUAAAUCACUUUUCACGAUAAAAGUUCAGCCAGCUGUCGUCAUCAUCGGAUCCGCCAACUCUACGUCUGUCUGCGUUGCUUGAUUACUUGAGGCUGUGGGGGGAAAU